AUGAGUUCAAAUCAACCUGUUGACGAAAGAAGAGAAAAGAUUAAAUCCCUCAUCAGAACUGUUCCAGACUACCCUCAAAAGGGUAUCAUGUUCAGAGAUAUCAGUACAUUGUUGGCUGACUCUGAAGGAUUGGCUCUUGUUGCUGAUUUAUUUUAUGAACAAUACAAGGAUAAAAAGAUUGAUGCCGUUAUCGGUAUUGAAGCCAGAGGUUUCAUUUUAGGAUCCUUGUUGGCCUAUAAAAUUGGAGCUGGUUUUGUUAUGAUUAGAAAGGAAGGAAAGAUGCCAGUCGGUUCUGGUGUUACAGUACUGAAGGAAUCAUAUCAAAUGGAAUAUAGAAGUGCUACCACUAUUGAAAUGCACUCCGAUUCUCUCAAAGCAGGACAACGUGUUGUUAUUAUUGAUGACUUGUUGGCAACUGGUGGUACUUUGUUGGCUAGUAUUAAACUUGUUGAAAGACUUGGAGCCGAAGUUGUUGAAUUGGCUUGUAUUGUUGAAUUGCCAGCUCUUGGUGGUAGAUCCAAACUCGCUGCUUAUCCACUCUAUCAUAUGGUUGAAUUUGAAGGAGAUUAA